GCAGCCGGCGGGUGGGGAGGCCGCCGGGGUUGGUGGUGCUGCCCCGCUCCCCCUGACAUCCCCUCCAGUUCCUUCCCGGGGUGAGCGGCCCCGGCCGCCUCGCCGAGCCCUGCGCGCAUCGCCGCAGCCUGCAGCACCCGAGCGAAUGUAUGACAAUAUGUCCACAAUGGUGUAUCUAAAGGAAGAGAAGUUGGAGAAGCUUACUCAAGAUGAAAUAAUUUCUAAAACUAAGCAGGUGAUUCAGGGACUAGAGGCACUGAAGAAUGAACACAAUUCCAUUUUGCAGAGCUUACUUGAGACACUGAAAUGUUUGAAGAAAGAUGAUGAAACUAAUCUGGUGGAAGAAAAAUCAAACAUGAUUCGAAAGUCGCUGGAAAUGUUGGAACUUGGACUUAGUGAAGCACAGGUAAUGAUGGCCUUGUCAAAUCACUUAAAUGCAGUGGAAUCAGAGAAGCAGAAAUUGCGUGCUCAGGUUCGCCGGCUAUGCCAGGAAAAUCAGUGGUUGCGUGAUGAACUAGCCAGUACUCAACAGAAAUUACAGAAGAGUGAACAGUCUGUGGCUCAGCUGGAAGAAGAAAAGAAACACUUGGAAUUCAUGAAUCAGUUAAAAAAAUAUGAUGAUGAUAUUUCUCCAUCAGAAGACAAAGACACAGAUUCUACCAAAGAACCUCUGGAUGACCUUUUCCCCAAUGAUGAAGAUGACCCAGGGCAAGGAAUCCAACAGCAGCAUAGCAGUGCAGCAGCGGCUGCUCAACAAGGGGGCUAUGAAAUUCCAGCAAGAUUAAGGACUCUUCAUAAUCUGGUUAUCCAGUAUGCUUCCCAAGGUAGAUAUGAGGUUGCUGUACCCCUGUGUAAACAAGCACUUGAAGAUCUGGAGAAGACUUCAGGUCAUGAUCAUCCUGAUGUUGCCACUAUGCUAAACAUACUUGCUUUGGUGUACAGGGACCAGAACAAAUACAAAGAUGCAGCAAACCUCUUGAAUGAUGCCUUGGCUAUUCGUGAAAAGACUUUGGGCAAAGAUCAUCCAGCGGUGGCAGCUACUCUAAACAAUCUUGCAGUGCUUUAUGGUAAACGAGGAAAGUACAAGGAGGCAGAACCUUUGUGUAAGAGAGCUUUGGAGAUCAGAGAAAAGGUCCUGGGGAAGGAUCACCCAGAUGUUGCCAAACAGUUAAAUAACCUGGCCUUACUGUGUCAGAAUCAGGGUAAAUAUGAAGAGGUGGAGUACUACUAUCAAAGGGCACUUGAGAUCUACCAAACUAAACUAGGACUGGAUGACCCAAAUGUAGCAAAAACAAAGAAUAAUCUGGCAUCCUGCUAUCUGAAACAGGGAAAAUUUAAGCAAGCAGAAACUUUAUACAAAGAGAUUCUUACUCGUGCACAUGAAAAGGAAUUUGGCUCUGUAGAUGAUGAAAAUAAACCCAUCUGGAUGCAUGCUGAGGAGAGAGAAGAAUGCAAAGGAAAGCAAAAAGAUGGCUCAUCCUUCGGAGAGUAUGGUGGUUGGUACAAAGCUUGCAAAGUUGAUAGUCCAACAGUAACAACUACCUUAAAGAAUCUUGGAGCACUUUACAAACGUCAAGGCAAGUUUGAAGCUGCUGAAACAUUAGAAGAGGCAGCAGUGAGAUCUCGUAAGCAGGGUCUUGACAAUGUUCACAAACAGAGAGUUGCUGAAGUGCUAAAUGACCCCGAGAGCAUAGAAAAAAGGCGAAGCCGAGAAAGCCUCAAUGUAGAUGUGGUAAAGUACGAAAGUGGCCCUGAUGGAGGCGAGGAAGUGAGUAUGAGCGUAGAAUGGAAUGGGGAUGGCACUGGAUCUUUAAAACGCAGUGGUUCCUUUAGCAAGCUCCGUGCUUCAAUUAGACGCAGCAGUGAGAAGCUGGUUAGAAAGCUGAAGGGAGGAAGUUCACGAGACAGUGAACCAAAGAAUCCUGGCAUGAAGCGUGCCAGUUCUCUGAAUGUUCUUAACAUGGGUGGCAAGGCUACUGAAGAUCACUUUCAAGAACGAAAUAAUUGUCUGACAGACUCAAGGGCUCUGAGUGCCAGUCACACUGAUUUGGCACACUGA